UGUUUAUGCAGAAAAUCACUUCCCUAACACUGUCUCUCUCUCUCUCUCUCUCUCUCUCUCUCUCUCAUCAUUCUGUAUAGAGAACUAUGGGGUUGCUUCCUUCUCCUUCACUGCAUGUUCUCUGAUGGGAUUUCUUUGAAAUGUUCAUCCUUUUCUGGGUUUUCAAUCUCUGGGAAAUUUGAUGCUUUGAUCAUCACCAAGAAAGUUGCUGCCUUUAUUCCCAAGCUCACUUCUUUUUGAUACUUGGAGACACCAACCAAGAAAAAGUAUGGUGAUGUUAUUUUGAGUCUCAAAUAAUGGGGUUUUUGUACUUGUCAUUGUUGCUGGUUGGGGUUCUAUCAAAACCCUUUCUUCUUGAUGCUCAGCUCCAGCUGAUCAAUGACCAAGCCACAUUGUCAUCCAUUAGAGAGGAGCUUGGUGUUGUAUCUGGUUGGGGUGAAAACGGCACUGAUUACUGCAGCUGGGAGGGGAUUCAUUGUGGCUUGAACCAUUCAUUUGUUGAAAGGCUUGAUCUUUCUAGGCGUAUGCUUAGAGGUAACGUGACCCUAAUCUCUAAUCUUAAGGCCUUGAAGCAUCUUGAUCUUUCUUACAAUAACUUCAAUGGACCCAUCCCUUCAGCUUUUGGGAACUUAUCUGAGCUUGAGUAUCUGGAUUUGUCAUUGAAUAAGUUUGAAGGUUCCAUUCCCUUGGAGUUAGCUGGUCUUGUAAAUCUUAGAUCUUUGAACCUGUCAAACAACUUGCUGGUAGGACAGAUACCCCUAGCAUUUAGGGUGCUUGAGAAGUUGGAGGACAUUCAGGUUUCUAGCAAUAGAUUGAGUGGUUCUAUCCCACAUUGGGUGGGGCAGCUGACCAAUUUGAGAGUCUUUACAGCCUAUGAGAACAAUUUAGGUGGUGAGAUUCCUGAUAAUCUAGGCUUGGUUUCUGAACUCAGAUUGCUGAACCUUCAUUCGAACCGGUUCGAUGGGCCGAUACCUAAGAGCGUUUUCGCCAUGGGGAAGCUGGAAGUUUUGGUUCUCACCCAGACUGGACUCACUGGUGAUCUUCCUGAAGCAAUUGGUAACUGCAGGGGCCUUUCCAGUAUUCGAAUAGGGAAUAACAAACUCGUCGGUGUCGUUCCCAGGACGAUCGGGAAUGUUAGUAGCCUCACCUAUUUUGAAGCGGAUAACAACAAUCUCUCCGGUGAAAUCGUAUCGGAGUUUGCUCUGUGUACUAACCUUACACUCCUUAAUUUGGCCUAUAAUGGGUUCACUGGUGAAAUCCCUCCGGAGAUCGGACAACUUGCGAAUCUUCAAGAGCUUAUUCUUUCUGGGAACACUCUGUUUGGAGAUAUCCCAAGAUCAAUUAUCGGGUGCAAGAAUCUUAACAAGCUCGAUUUAAGCAACAACGGAUUUAACGGUACUAUACCAAACAAAAUUUGCAAUAUGAAAAAAUUGCAGUACUUGCUCUUGGGACAGAAUUCGAUCGAAGGAGAAAUACCCAGUGACAUCGGAAAUUGUGUGAAACUGCUUGAGUUGCAGCUUGGAAGCAACUAUUUAACCGGAAGUAUACCUCCUGAGAUUGGUCAUAUUCGAAACUUGCAGAUAGCUUUAAAUUUGAGCUUCAAUCAUCUUCAUGGUGAACUGCCCCGGGAAUUAGGGAAACUAGACAAGUUGGUUUCUCUUGAUGUCUCCAGUAACCAGCUUUCCAGUGAUAUUCCGCCAGAAUUUAAGGGUAUGUUGAGCUUGAUAGAGGUCAAUUUCUCUAAUAAUCUGCUUGCUGGCCCGAUACCGACGUUUGUACCGUUCCAAAAGAGUACAAAUUCUAGCUUUCAAGGAAACAAAGGGCUCUGUGGGGAGCCAUUGAGUUUCUUAUGUGCAGACUCUAUCGGUUCCGACCAGGCAAACUACCACAGGGUAUCUUACAGGAUUAUACUGGCGGUUAUCGGUUCUGGUCUUGUGGUGUUCAUAUCGGUCACAAUAGUGGUUUUGCUCUUUAUGAUGAGGGAGAGACAAGAGAAGGCAUCAAAAAGUGUAGACAUAAUAGACAAAGCAACCAGUAGCCGACCGACGAUAAUAGCAGGGAACGUGUUUGUUGAGAAUCUCAGGCAGGCGGUAGAUCUCGAUGCUGUAAUCAAAGCCACUUUAAAGGACUCAAAUAAAAUCAACAACGGGACUUUCAGCGUCAUUUACAAGGCGGUCAUGCCUUCGGGACUGGUUUUGUCGGUGAAGAGACUGAAAUCAAUGGACAGAACCAUAAUUCAUCACCAAAACAAGAUGAUCAGGGAGCUCGAAAGACUAAGCAAGCUCUAUCACGAUAAUCUGGUUCGACCUAUCGGUUUCGUCAUCUAUGAAGAUGUUGCUCUUCUGCUGCAUCAAUAUUUACCCAAUGGCACACUAGCUCAACUCCUUCACGAGUCCUCAAAGCUGCCGGAGUAUCAGCCUGACUGGCCCCGAAGACUAUCGAUCGCUGUUGGAGUAGCUGAAGGAUUGGCUUUCCUUCAUCACGUGGCGGUUAUCCACCUCGAUAUCUCUUCAGGUAAUGUACUUUUAGACGCAAACUUCAAGCCGUUGCUCGGAGAGAUCGAAAUAUCAAAGCUCUUAGAUCCAUCCAAAGGUACUGCAAGUAUUAGUGCUGUUGCAGGCUCCUUUGGCUACAUCCCUCCAGAAUAUGCCUACACAAUGCAAGUCACUGCACCAGGAAACGUAUACAGCUACGGUGUCAUGUUGCUCGAGAUACUCACCAGCCGGUUACCCGUCGACGAGGAUUUCGGUGAAGGAGUAGACUUGGUGAAAUGGGUUCACGGUGCUCCGGCGAGAGGCGAAACCCCGGAACAGAUCCUCGACGCGAAGCUAAGCACCGUAUCGUUCUGUUGGAGGAGAGAAAUGCUGGCUGCUCUGAAGGUGGCUCUACUCUGCACGGACAGUACGCCGGCGAAACGACCGAAGAUGAAGAAGGUGGUGGAGAUGCUUCAAGAAAUAAGGCAAAACUGAUCAACAACCUGAUUCAAUUUGGAAUCUUUAAGAGUAAAAACACGUAAUAUCCAGGAGAAUCAAAAGCAUUCGAUUUCCCAAUGUGUUACUAUGAUUUUUGGUCCUCAAUCUAGAACCUUUUUUUUAAAUUGGUCAUUAAACUUUUGAAUAAUU